AUGUCUAUCUAUAUUUUGCAUGUAUAUGAAAAAAUAUCUAUCUAUCUAUCUAUCUAUCUAUCUAUCUAUCUAUCUAUCUAUCUAUCUAAAAAUCUAUCUAUCCAUAGCUAUCUGUUCAUAUCUAUCUACCUAUUUCAUCCUAUUCGUAUCUAUUUUAACCUGUCACCUGACAAUAUCUAUCUAUCUAUCUAUCUAUCUAUCUAUCUAUCUAUCAUACAGUUUAUAACUAUUUACUUCAGCCUGACAAUAUCUAUCUAUCUAUCUAUCUAUCUAUCUAUCUAUCUAUGUCUGUUCAUAUGUAGGUAUCUUUUAAUGUCUAGGUUUUCGCUUUUCUUUUAUACUGUUACUGACCACGCUACUAUUCCUCUGUGCAUCGUCUGCUUUAAGCGCCGUCUCCGAUCUUGCAGUGGUAAUUGCAGUGGAAGCGGCAGCAGAAGUGCAGCAGUAGUAGUCGCGACCGUAAAGGUAGUAGUAGGAGGAAAAUGGUCUGCGUACGAACGCAGCACUUGGCUCGCCUUCUACUACUGUCGUUCUGUGUGGCUUGUCCGUGUUUCAUCUUUUAUAUUAUGCGAGUGUCUGCAGGAGUGUCGGAAUGGUCUCUGUUGGCGAUGCACAAUGGAGGGUUUAAAGUGUAAGUUCCAAAGAUCUCUCUCUUUCUCUUUCUUUCACUUUCUCUCUCUCUCUUUCUCUCUGUAUCUAUCUAUACAUCUAUCUAUCUAUCACAUUCUGUUCAUAUCCAUCGUUCCAAGUAUAUCUAUCAAUUCAUACCGAUCUAUCUAUCUAUCUAUCUAUCUAUCUAUCUAUCUAUCUAUCUAUCUAUCUAUCUAUCUAUGUAAAAUCAUAUGUAUGUAUGCAUCUAUGUAUGUUGGAUCUAUCUAUCUAUCUAUCUAUCUAUCUAUCUAUCUAUCUAUCUAUCUAUCUAUCUAUCUCAGUCUGUUCAUAUAUAUCUAUCUCAGUCUAUUUCUAUCAAUCUACCUCAGUUUCUUCCUAUCUAUCUAUCUAUCUAUCUAUCUAUCUAUCUAUCUAUCUAUCUAUCUAUCUAUCUAUCUAUGUAAAAUCAUAUGUAUGUAUGCAUGUAUGUAUGUUGGAUCUAUCUAUCUAUCUAUCUAUCUAUCUAUCUAUCUAUCUAUCUCAAAUCAUAUGUAUGUAUGCAUCUAUGUAUGUUGGAUCUAUCUAUCUAUCUAUCUAUCUAUCUAUCUAUCUAUCUAUCUAUCUAUCUAUCUAUCUAUCUAUCUAUCUCAGUCUGUUCAUAUAUAUCUAUCUCAGUCUAUUUCUAUCAAUCUACCUCAGUUUCUUCCUAUCUAUCUAUCUAUCUAUCUAUCUAUCUAUCUAUCUAUCUAUCUAUCUAUCUAUCUAUCUAUCUAUCUCAGUCUAUUCAUAUCUAUCUAUCUAUCUAUCUAUCUAUCCAAAUAUAGAUAA